AUGCGUCGACAGGGUCUUUUCUUCCUGGUUCCCCUGGUCCUUGGCAUUCAAGCCUGCCGCUCAUGUCGCUGUUUCCCAAAUGAGCCCUGUUGGCCCUCGCUGCAGCAGUGGAGCGAAUUCAACACAACUCUCGGCGGCAAACUGAUUGGAACCGUACCAAUCGGCAGCGUCUGUCACACCCAGGGGGGAUGCGCAGCCUAUGAUGCGGCUUCGUGCGCUGAUUUGAUCUCCGACUGGGCCUUUCCCGUCACUCACUACGAGACAUCUUCCUCUCCCAUGGCCUCGUGGUUCGCCAACUUCUCUUGCGACCCGUUCCUGGCUCCCAACGCUCCCUGCAACAUCGGCUCGGUGCAGUGGUUUGCCGUCAAUGUUAGCACUGCUGAAGAUGUUCAGAAGACCAUACGUUUUACCCGGGAUCAUAAUAUCCGCCUCGUGAUUCGCAACACCGGACAUGACUAUUUGGGUAAAUCAACUGCUCCUGGUGCAGUAGCUCUAUGGACCCAUUAUCUCAAGGAUACCCAUUAUCUCGAAUAUACUUCUGCCCACUACAAUGGUCCCGCUUUGCGGCUAGGUGCGGGGAUUCAGGGUUUCGACGCUAUGGCUGCAGCUCAUGCACAGAACAAGGUCGUUGUCACAGGAAAUUGCGCGAGCGUUGGUAUCGCCGGCGGGUACACCCAAGGUGGAGGUCAUGGUCAGCUUGCCUCUCGCUUUGGUCUUGCUGCAGAUCAAGCUCUCGAGUGGGAAGUGGUGACGGCCGACGGGCAGCUACUCACAGCAUCGCCAACCGAAAAUGCAGAUCUGUACUGGGCCCUCAGCGGCGGUGGCGGUGGUACCUACGCCGUUGUCCUCAGUGUCACGGUCAAGGCACAUCCUGAAAUGACCACGACGUCUGCAACUCUGGCGUUUGGAGUGACCGGAGUGACCACACAAUUCUGGGAAGUCGUGCAAACUUUCGUUGUGGAUAUCCUGCCCCUCCUCGAUGCGGGGGCCGUUGCUAUCUGGGCUGUCGUCGGGUCGACCUUCAGCCUAACACCCAUUUCCCUACCGGGUGGCCGACAUGAUCAGCUGCAAAAAGGGCUUGCAUCAACCUUGGCUCUGCUGGAGCGAUACAACAUAAGCUACACUUACGAUAUUCAAGAGUUCCCCACUUUCUGGGCUAGCUACGAAGCCAUGAAUCCCCACAGUAAUAUCACGGAGGCCCAGAUUGGAGGGCGACUUAUGCCCCGCUCAACCGUCGAAUCCGACCCCACUACACUGAUCGCAACGCUCCGGAGCAUCGCUGAAGAGGGCGUAGUCGUGUCGGGUGUCUCGCUCAAUGUGUCCCGCUCGGCUGUCCCCUGGAACGCAGUCAACCCCGCCUGGCGUGAUGCUGCUAUCUCCUUCGUGCUCGGAACUACUUACAAUUAUACGAGCCGCAUGGUCGAUUUGCAGUGCCAGUCCCUGAUGACAGACUCCCUUAUACCUCGUCUCGCUGCUCUGAGCCCUGGGGGUGGAGCUUACCUCAACGAGGCCGAUUGGAAGCAGCCUGAUUGGCAAUGGGUGUUCUAUGGUGUUCAUUAUCCCAUGUUGGAGCUUGUGAAGCAGAAGUACGACCCGGAUCAUGUUUUCUACGCUCGCACAGCUGUCGGUAGCGAGUGGUGGGUUCAAGAAGAGGAUGGACGAUUGUGCCCAGCUCUGUGA